GUGAUCACACACAAUCCUCAAUUUGCUGAAAGCUCUGAUUAAAAACCGCACUCAUCGAUUCGAUAGUCUUAAGCUGUUGUGAUAUUCACAGUGUCAUCAAAUGAAGUCGUCUGACAUCCAGCAACUUUCUCAACCAUUGCCGUCUCAUCGGACGAAGCAUCUCAAGCACUUACAGUAUAACCUCUGGCCACCAGUUCUCAAGCCUUCGUACAACUCCGUCCAGUCACCCACGGUUCACAUUUCACUUCUUCAAAAUGAUAACUGCGGCUUGUCGACUGGCUCAACCCUAUGGCUAGGUGCUCAAGUGCUGUCCGCCUAUCUUUUGUCGCAUGUGCCAAGCCGGACAACGAGGAAAUGUCAAUCCAGAUGUGCUAUAGAGAUUGGAGCAGGAACAGGUUUGAUGUCGAUUACUCUAUCCGCCCUUGGGUACCACGUCCUGGCCACUGAUAUCGAGCCCUCGUUGACAUCGAUUUUGAUGCCAAACGUCAAGGGAUGGGUAUCAAGCAGCAGCGCUGAGAGUGGGCCACUGUGCGUCGGCCGACUGGACUGGAACCUUCCAAUCAAUUACCGCACAAUUCAAUCAUGGCUUGAAAGCAAGAUUGAAUUUGAUUUGAUCGUCACAACCGAUACCGUCUACACCUCCGAGCUUUUAAGACCACUACUCAUGACUCUCAAAAACCUAUCAGACUCAUCAACUCGACCUCCACCUAUCUAUCUUGCUCUCGAGCGGCGGGAUCCGGCUCUAGUAGAAAGUUUCUUCAAGAUGGCAGAUCAGUUGAAUUUCAAGGCUGAUCGGAUUGAUCAUAGCAGCCUGGUCAAACUCACUGAACAAAUGGGGUGGGAAUUGGAUGAUUGGGAAGGGGUUGAGGUGUGGAAGUUGCGUCAGAGAGUUCAAAAACUCAAAGCUAGACACGUCUCUGGGACCACACCAAAAUAAAAUAUCUUUGGUUGAUGAGUUAAAGAGAUAGAUGAGUAAAGUGCAAAAUUGCUUGCACACCUUUCCCAAUUGUUGUCUGACUACCAAUAAUUUGUUGAGCUAUUUGUUGUUCUGGCAGCAAAAACCAAGCAUGGCUAUUUCUCCUUG